AUGCCAUGGUAUAGCCGCCACAGAGCCCCGUGGCUUCAAACUCUUGGAGCGAUAUGUGCGGUGUACUUCGCGCUCUUCAUCCUUCUGCCUGCGAUAAUACGUAGCUCUGAGGAAUCGAGGCCCAUCCCGGCACUUCUGGAUAUCUCUCGUUUGACGCCACAACACGCAACCACCGGCAACUAUACAACAAAUCUGAUUGUCGCCAGCGUAAAAGCGGACAACACUUCUUGGACCGACCGAUUACAGGAGCAACAGCUCAUCCCAAACCUCAACAUCAUUCGAUACAUUAGCGAUGAUGAAAAUGCUCGAUAUCAUCCGCCGGCGGCCAAAGGACGAGAAGCGCUCAUGUACUUCACGUACCUCCAAGAUUUCUACGACGAGCUCGCGGACAUUAACAUUUUUGUCCAUGCCGAAGACGUGUCGUGGCACAUGGACGCUGCACUUUUGAAGUCAUUGACGUCUGCGCUUGCGCAGCUCGACUUCGAGCAGGUUAUGCAGAGAGGAUACGUGAAUUUGCGGACGACAUGGGGAGGCAGCCGAGAGCACGACUGUCCGAAUGGGUUCAGUACCAGCGCCACUCUACGAGACAAUCCCACCGGAGAGGCCUUCUUGAUGGGUCGGGCAUUCCAUGACAACUUUCCAGAUGACCCGAUGCCGGAGAUUUUGGCUGGACCAUGUUGCUCUCAAUUCGCUGUCACUAAAGACGCCAUACGGAGCAGACCUUUGGAGCAGUAUCAGCACAUUGUUCGGGUAUUGGUGGAUUCCAACUGGUCGGACCAGGCGAUCGGAAGGCCUUGGGAGCGGAUGUGGCCGUGGUUGUUCAAACGGCAGGCAAAGGAUUGCAAUAUGGAGUACAGCACGCUUUGCAGGUUGUAUGGCGUUUGUUUUCGUGAUGAGGAGGAACGAGGAGACGUUGUGCUGCUGAGCAACCAGCUUUGUGUCGAUGACAAGGACUUGACCUGGUGGCAGCGAAAGAGGUCGUUUCGGCCGUUUGAUCCCAAGGCCAUCAUCUCUGUUUGA